AUGUCCUACAACCCUACAUACGAAGCUUCGAAAGCUCUCCCACUGGAGCACAUAGCCAAAGAACUUGAAGACUUUGCGGCAGCCGGCCAAGACCUCUCCGGAAGGCGCUUCAGCCGAUCGCCUCCCCGUGUGCCUUCCGUGCCAUCGACAGAAUACGAAGAGUCGGAGCCUCCGAGUCCAACUGCUCACCUUCAAGACAAGGAAAGCCGGGAGCUCCGAAAUUCAGAUGCGGACGCGCAGUUCGCAAUUCAGAUUAAAGACGAGUUGGGCCGUAUACGUGCCGCAAGAGACAAGGGUCUCCUUCAGCAUCCCAAUCUCUUUGAUUUGGAGGAAGCCGCUGAAGCGAACGUGAAGUAUAGAUGGAUCCAGCAAGGCAUUUGGGACGAGCGAUGGGUCAGCCAGCCCUACAAAAUAUGGAAGCAUGAAUUGCAAGAUCAUCCAUCGCCAAUGGGACCUUCAGAUUCUGUGAAGGAAGGUGGGGCCACAAAGUUGAAAACAAGGCAUAAACGCAAGCGCUCCGAACUUGAAGAGGAGUACCAUGGAAUGGUACGACGCGCUUUUGACUAUCAAAACCAGCAAUCGUCACGUCCAUGCUAUCAGUUCCUUUAUCAAUUUUGUCAGGAGCGGGAAUGGAUCAACAUGGGGUUGAGCAACCAAGACCAAGACCAGCAGACCAACCUUGACACGAGAGCAUAUGAAACUGUGAAACUACGCUGGAUCAGAGACGGUAUUUGGGACGAUGACUGGACCUUUAUACCAGGUACAUCGUGGAGGCAUGAGCGGCCCCGGAAAACACUGGAUCCUCAAAAGAGACAUCACGAGGACGAUGCUCGCCAAGCCGCUAGGAUAGAACGAGCUGAACGCCCACCGCGCUGGUACUCUAUGGCACCUGUAGCGCUGCUUACGAGAAUCAAUUGGCCUACGAGACAACCAGUAUCUCUUGAGGCUGCUUCUGACCCGUCUAGUCCAAGUAUUUUGGAGCCAAGCUCCGAAGUAAAGCCGUCCCUACGGAGUCGGUCCAUGACAUCACGUAUACACUGGCAUACGGAAUUUUCUGGAUCUACGCGCAAGUCGACGGCCGAAGCAAAGCAUGAUCCAAAUGGUCAGGAGCGGGACGAGCCUCGGACAGGAUCUGCUGCCAAAGAAGCAACUGUAAAUUUCACAAGUACCAAUCAAACAAAACAAGCUCUUCAGGAGCAAAAGGUCAAUACUUCACAGUCCCGUGUCGCUACGUCAAAGCCAGUAAAGAAGCAAACUUCUGCGAAGAGGAAGAAGAAUGGGUCUCCGAUUCCGGCGGUGAGACAGAAAGGACCAGCCAACGACGCUACAGCUUCGAGACCGCGUCGCGCAGCGGCCUUGAAGGCGAUGAAGAAAUCUGACGAAAGCGACUCGACCAUGAUCCGGGCUGCGCAAAUCGACUAUUCAAACGGUCGAAAUGAGAGUGCGCGUCGUGCAAGAGUCGGUUUGUCUAAGUGGCAGGCCGGCAAGAAGUCGAGGCUGGUGCCUGGGGAAUCAAUCGUCACAGCCUUCCUGCGAAUCCGAGAUUCAAAAGAGGGUGGCAGGCCGGCGAAGAAGAGCAAGUGA